CCAAAAUCACUUCAGUUGACUUGGGCCACAGCUUGCGAAGCCAGCAAUUCGUUGGACUUAAACGGGUUCCGCCACCAGAAAGUAAAAGUCCACGCCUGGAGGGUGUUUGUUUGUGUGUGCAAUUGGAAGAUAAUGAAUGUAAUUACAAAAUCGAUCGAGGCAUUGUUCGUAGUGUCCAUAAUCUUGGGAGCUGUGGCCUACGAUCCCAAUGAUCCCAAGAUAGCCGAGUGCUGCCUUCCGCCCGAAGGGAUGUUUGAGGCUUUUUACCCGCGGGAGGUGGAGGGAAUCCCCAACAGCGCCUCGAGGCCCGCCCACGGGCACGGAAGCUUCUUUAAGCACCGCAAUCCGGCGCUGGUGGACACCAAAAAUGCUGCAGCGUAUGGAUACAGAUUCGAUGGCAAGCGACGCUUCAAUUACGACUAGUAACCACAAAUAAAUAUGAUAUUGAAUACGAAUAUAA